AUGAUUUUACAGUUAGUGCUCGUUGUGACGUUUUAUCUGCGUUCAUUGCAAUUGGCCGAAGGAUACAUUGAUUCGAGUUUACUAGAUUUCGAUUGCGUUGAUAUAUACAAACAACCAGCUUUCCAACAUCCACUGCUCAAACACCACAAAAUUCAGGAAAAAUUCAGUUCAAAUGAAAACUUUGGUAAAAAAGGUAAAUAUAAAACAAAUGAUCAAAGUUGUCCAAAAGGAACGGUACCAAUUUUAAGACAAAGAAAGAGUACUGAGAGUGUUCAUCUUGAUGCACUCGGGUAUCCUGGCCAACAUUUUGCAGUAAUCGAAACCGUUUUGAGCAGGAGCAUCUAUCGAGGUGCAGAAGCUGACAUAAGUAUUCACAACGUAACUGUUCAAAAUAAUCAGUAUUGUAAAAGUCAGAUUUGGUUAGAGAAUGGAUCUCGUAAUCAACUCAAUAGCAUACAAGUUGGUUGGGCGGUGCAUCCAAGAUUGUAUGGAGACAGUUCCACACGAUUUACUAUAUACUGGACUAGAGAUGGCUAUAAAAAGACGGGAUGUUAUAACACAAUAUGUUCGGGCUUUAUAAUUGUAUCACCAAAUCCCUCGAUUGGAAGCAUUUUUAGUAAAUCCUCUAUCUAUGGUGGUGAAACAACCGUUCAGUUCACACCGCAAAUUUUUCAAGAUGGUUUUACUGGUAAUUGGGCAUUAAAAGUAGAAGAUGAAAUAAUCGGAUAUUGGCCUAAAGAGUUGUUUACACACUUAAAAAAAGGAGCUUCGUUGGUACGAUUUGGAGGAAAUACAUUUGUAUCUCCGGAUGGAUUCAGUCCUCCAAUGGGAAAUGGACAUUUUCCGGUUGUCGACUUUCAAAAGAGUUCAAGUUUCGUUCAUGUGAAGGUUAUAAAUUUGAACUAUCAAAGAAUUAAUAUCAAUCAUCGGAGGAUAAAAAGUUAUACAGACUCAAAGUGUUUUAGAGUAAUGAAUUGGGGUUAUAGCAAAACAAACGGAGUAGCCUUUUCUUUUGGCGGACCGGGUGGACAUUGUGGUAUUUGA